AUCACGUGACUUUGUUGUCUGUGCCUGAACAUGGCGAUGUUUACGUUGGUGCAGUAGGGGACAAUUAUCGGGAUUUUGGGCCCGUUUCUCGUGCUCUCCACUCCAACCUGGUACACUAUGCAGCAGGAAACGUCUCGCGAUAAACCUGUCAAGAAAAAGAAAAUACGUGCAUGGACGGAAGCAGCCCGAAUUGUUCUGGAGCUUCAUCCAAAGACUCCGUUGUCACACAAGGAGAUUUUUACGGAGAUAUGCUCAAGAAAGCUCAAGGAUGCUAGCAGUCCAGCAUCUUUAGCAUGUCUAAAUGCUAUGCUUCACGCCCACUCACGGGGACCGGACGCCAUCUUCUACAGAGUUCAUGGCACCAACAGCGCUUUUGGACUCAAGAAUGACAUUCCUACCCACGGGGUCACCAUGGAAGUGGACGAGGAUUCUGGCCCUGAAACGGAAGAUGUCCGAGAUUGUUUCCCUCGGGAUAGCAAGAAGGCCAAAGUGCUAUAUGUGAAACUUCCUGGUGGUUUCCGAGCUUGGACAAAGUCUCCUGUCCCAACUUGUAUUUCAAACGGGGUCACUGAAGAUCCCGCUGCGGAGGACACUACGACAACGUCAACUGUACCCGGUGCAGUGCGCCACUCGCUGCGGCAGCAGAAGCGCAUCAACACUGUGACUUGCUCUCCAGAAUCAACCUUGCAGUCAACAGUUCCUGGAGCAACGCAAAGGAGUUCCGCGAGGGUUGCCGCGAAAAGUCACGUUGGGACGAAUCGACCUGAGCCACGGACAAUGCGAGAAAUAUUGGCUUCCCUUCCUGGCAUGGGACACAAGCCCCACAAGCGGUCUUCCAGGAAGUUAAGCCUCUCUGCUCAGAUAGCUGAAACGAGGAAAGGCUGCAUCGAUCUGGAAACUCCGGACUCCAUCCUUGUCAACGUUAAUAUAAAGGACCUGUUGAUGCGACACACACUGGCUUCUCUUCCUCCUUCGUACCAGCACAAACUGAUCCAAUUGCUGCCGGCAGUUGACAGGUGGCCAGGCAAUGCCACUCAGGCAACGCCCGGUACCAGCCAAGCAUCCUCCGUCGUCCGACUCUGUGGGAGUGCAUUGAGCAACGAGUUCUUCGCUCGCGCCUGCCAGGAGUGGAGAGAUCGUUUGGCUGAUGGUGAACUGACUCACGAAAAUCAGCUCAAGCAAAGAGCGGAGAGGGAGAGGUCGGCGCGGCUCGAUCCCUGGAAGUUGAAGAACUUUGAGCCUGUCUGGGGACAGAAGCUUCCGUCGGAAGACCACAGCCGGGUGGCUUCGUUAAACGUCAUCCCCACCCCACUGUCCACCCCCUGCAAGAGCAAAGGGGGUCGCAAGACGAGAACAAAGAUGUCUGGCGCGACUGGUGGAUUAAAUGUCACCAAGAUUAUGUCCGUGAAACGCUCCCUGAGGCUGGCAGAAGCUGCCGGAAGUGCCAAAAGGCCAUGCCCAGUUAUGCCGAGCACGGAAGAAGCAGCAUCUGAAGCAGACGACAGCCCAUCAGGGACUGGGGACUUGGGGACUCCAUCUAAGGUACCUGAAGAUGAAAGUACCAUUCGUCUCCCAGAGAUGAGUGAUAUGCAAGAGGAGAUGCCCCAAGGCCUCAUGGAAAUGCCACCAACAGGAUCUGUAGACCAAACAGAAGACACGCAGUCGUACGAAAUACGUUCAAAGCAGAGGGCUGAGUCCACUUCACCACAGACAACAUCUGUUGAAGAGCUCCUUCUGAAGGCGUACGAUGAACAGGAGGACAAGCUGGACGACGAUCUCUAUGACGGAACGACGGAAGAUGAGCGGAAGGAAGAUAAACUGGUAGACGACGAAGACGAUGAUACUUACGACGAGAAGGUGGCUCCAGCUGACGAGGAAACUCACGAGGUCUACGAAGUUGAAGAUGAAAGUGAAAAGGACGACGUUGACGAAGGAAGUUCUCUGGUGGUUGCUAAAAAAGAAGUUUACCAAGUAUAUGAUGUGGAUGCUAUGAGCGACGUGGAGGAGUCUAUGCUGGAGAAGACAGUCUAUGACGUAAGUAACGACCAAGAGAGAACAAACUUUGUGGAUGAGGAAACGAUAGGUUUUGAGCCGUCCGAAGUGGUGUUGGAAGAGGUGGUGACAGAAGGUGAAGUCAUUGAGAUGGAGAGAGUGGAAGAAGAGGUAAUUGUGUUGGCAACAGUGGAAGAUUUAACUUCUCAGGAAGGACACUUGUACGAGUCUUCCGCAACAGAGUCCUCUGUGGUCCUCUUGGCGAGUGAACCAUUGCCGGAAACUCAGAUAUCCCAAAUGGAGUCUUCAAGCACAGAAGAGCCUUGUCAUGAUGGAAUUGCGCAAGGUGACGCUCUUAGUGCAUCAACACAGGACAGCGUAGCUACUCCAAAAGUGCCAUCUCGAUCUCCAUCGUGUCCCCCUUCGAGACCACCUUCAAGAACUCUGUGCCAGCCACUAAUGCAAUCGGAGACCCGGCCUUCAAGUGCUCCGGCUGCUGAUCACCCGACACCCACGGUGCCUGCCCGAACCAUUUUCAAAGUAACCCGAAAGGCACUCAGCUGCCGAGAUCUCCUGGCACUGCGAGCCGUUCAGCAAGAUGGCACUCAACAGCAGGUCCUCUUCCUCGGAGGUGAUGGCAAGUCAUCGUCAACUCCAAUUUGUAUCACUCUGGAACCAGUAUCUUCCGCGUCAGUUACCCUACUUCCUGUAGUGACGAGUAACGGAAUGACAACAAUGGCCGGAGCCCCGAGUCAAGUGGGCAUUCGACUGGGAACAAAUGGUGUCAAAGUACUUCCUUGUAGUGCAGCGGGAUUUACAACCGCUAGUCGAACUAAAGGGAUGUCAUCUGCACCGCAAGGGACAAAUUGCCCCUGCAAUCUUAAGGCAAUGGUGGUAUGCCGCAAGUGUGGAGCGUUUUGUCACAAUGACUGUAUUGGUCCUUCAAACUUGUGUGUCACGUGUUUGAUUCGGUGACAUACUUUCUCACAAAACUGUUACCCCCUUGAGACCCAGAAUGCAGAGGUGGUGGUGUUUCAACGCAUCGAAGGCAUUUCCUUUUUUAUAUCCUAGGAGAAGGGCUAUAUACUCAUGCUUGCGUCUUAAAGCUUUUCACAGUCUGUAUUCAUCUUCUGAACGAGAAAUGUGGUAGCUGACCUCUCAUACAGAAAGUCCACCGGGUCUCUAGGUCUAGCUUAUUGUUUGUGAUCCAACGAUAGUUUGGAAUUGAGUAGGCUGGUGUUUCAUCAACGCUCAUUUCCCUCCAGUGAUUACCUCAUCCUGUAAAUAGUGUGUGGCCUUUUGUUUUUCAUCCAGUGAGUUCCCUCCGUUAUACUGUUUUUGUUACGAGCAGUUUAAGUAGCAAAUAUUUAUUGUCAUUAGCUCAUUUCCUAUGUAAAUACAUUUUCACUGCAAUACUGUCCUUUUGUGUCGCGGGAAACUCUGUGACAACAGUUGGUGCCAUGCAAAGACGUGUGCACGAAUCGCAGCCACAGAAUAAACAUGAAAGAGGACAACAGACUCAA